GCAACGGGUGGAGCUGGCCUCCUCACCCCCUCCAGAUCGUGGCCUGGCUGCUGUACCUCUUCUUUGCUGUGAUCGGCUUUGGGAUCCUUGUUCCCCUACUGCCUCACCACUGGGUGCCUGCUGGCUACGCUGAUGAGAUUGAAUGUGACAAGAGGCAAGACAGAGAUGCCCUGAAGGCUCCUGGGGACAGUGACAAACAUAGACUUGCCUGAACCCAGUGGUGUCUUUGCCCCAGCCCCCCAGGAGAAGAGGACAUGGUUUUAAGGUCAGGGGGUUGAAGUGCCCUUGUCCAGAGAACUUGUACAAGAGUGUCCUAGCAUGUGUGUCCUUCAAGAAGGUGAUCCCCAGGGGAAGGGAGCAAGAGUCACCUAAGGGCGAUUAGCCGGAAUGGGCUUUAAAGCCUGGGAGAUAGAGUCAGCAGCUGAGCUUGGUGUCUGAUCUAGGCCUUCAGGGCUGUGCGGAUUAAAUGGCUUCUGUCAGCUCUCUGGAUCUCAGCCUCCUCCUCUGUCAGCUCUCUGGGUCUCAGCUUCCUCCUCUGUCUGACAGGAAGGGUCCUGCCUCCCGGGAUGAGAGGGCGAGGAGCAUGUUAGGGUAUGUGUGAGCACCAGAACACAUAAAAUGUGAAUGUGAGUGUGCUGGCUUAGAAACUGAAGAACCCUGGCGCUCCCUGGCUUAGAAUGCUCUAACGGCUUCUUCCUGCCUGAAGGAAUGAGGUUCAAGAUCUUUCCAUGGCCUUCAUGGCUCUCUAUGUUGUGGACCUUGUCUGCCUUCCCAGUCUCCUCUGGUACCAUGUUCCCUAUUCUUCUCUGUUUCUGCAACACUAGUGUCUGUCUGGAGGCCCCUUGCCUCUUUCCCUAGCCCCAACACCCAGCUAAGUCAGAGGUUAAUUGGCAGCCAUGAGCUAAGCUGGCCUGCAGAUUUUUCAAAAAUUGAGAUAUAAUUAACACACAAAAUGUACAGAUCUUAAGUAUUCCUUCUGUAGGUCUGUUUUAAAAAUUAUUUAUUUCUUUAACAUUUAAACAUUGAGAAAUCUCACAUAAAACCCCAGAUUUCUGGUUCCUUUGAGAAGCUAGCAUUUGGCAACACGGACUCUCAUUCUUGCAAGGCAGCCAUGAGCUGGAACCACACUCCAGCCAUACCUCCGGCUGGCACUCUGCAUGUUCCCAGCAGUGACGGUCUCCAGCCAGGCCCCCUUUCUUCUUCUCUUUACUUGCCAGGUCCCCAUAAUCCCUUCUUCCCCAAGUCUCAGCUGAGUCAGUUCUUUCUCCUUGAGGCCUUGGGGAGACCCCUUCAGACUAGACAAGGUCACCUGGUUACAAAUUGGCAUAGUCCUGUGAACUUUCUUCAUUGUAAUUAACCCAUUUUUUUAAUGUCUGUGGUUUUCCAGCAGACUGUUGUUUCCUCAGGGCUAGGGACAAGUCUGUCUUGUCCCUGUCUUAUCCCUCAGUGCCUGGCCCAAAGAACAUCUCAGUAAGCAGCUGAUUGAAUGAACCAGGGGGUGGAGCCAAAGAAGUGCUAGAGCAAGCAGAAGCUAACUGUUUGCCCUCACUCUGGUCUGAAGAAGGCUGGAGUGGGGAGGUGCAGGAACUGGCAAUAACAGAGGUUUAGGAGGAGCCAGAACAAAAGGGGUCUCCACCCAGCCCUGAGGAGUGAACUUUAGCUGGAGAGCCACUGAGGGCCUUUGCAGGGUUUGAACAGGGAGUGAUUUGGGUUUAAGCUUUUAAAAAGCUCACUUUGUGAAGAGUAGACUCCAAGGAACACAGGCUGAAGGGGCAGGGUUAGGAGACUAUGGAGUGACCCAGCCAAGAAGUGAAGACCUGACCGCAGCAGUGGCCAUAGGGACAGAGAGGUCAGUGCCAACCAGGGGAUUAUCUCUCAGGUGUGGUGAGACACAUCAGGGCUCAUGGAGAAAUUUGGCAGCUAGGAAGAGGAGGAAGAGAAGAAAGGGGGUUGGACAGAGGAUGGAUGGAGGAUGGAGGGAUGACGUCUGCCUGACUGUCAAGGGCAUGGAUGAAGAAUGGGGUAGGCAGGUUGGGGGAGGGAAGGAAGAAGGUGGACAGCCACCUAGGAAGAAUAUAUGGGUGAUUUUCACAUGGAGACUUAGCAGCAAGUUGUCGGUAUUUGGCCCAAGCACUGAGCAGAUAGGUCCUGGAAGAGCUGCAUUUCAGCUUCAGGAAUUAACCAUGCUGCACCCAUCAGGCUUUGAGCACCCUCCCAGACAUUCAGCCUAGCGCUCCAGGUGCCUGGACUCCCAGUGGGGUAGGCAGUGAGUGUAAAGGUCCCUGUCUGCAAGGGAUUCUCUAUCUGGCCCAGUUACUCGAAGGGGAUGGCUGAAGCCCUCUCAAGAGCUGACUUCUUUUGAAAGCAAGAUAAGCAGGUUCACAACUUAAACUUUAGGUCCCUUGACCUUAGGGGAUGGAUGGUUUGGCCUAAGUUCAGACCAGCCAGGACUUGUGCUGGACCUGGAGCAGUGAGGCCAGGGCCCUGUUUUUGAGCCCCUAGGUGGCAGCAGUGGGCAGUAUUGGCUGUGGGCUCCAUUACCAGAUAGCCCCUCUCCUCUUCCAUUUAAGGGGACAGGGUCCCACUGAAGAGUUCUGAUGAGAAGGCUCAGGGCAGCUGGAGGUGGGACGUGGCACAGGCAGAUGAUCUCUGCUCUAGGGGAGUUGGCCUUUGGGGUGAAGAAGUUCCCUGGCCACAGGGAGUAGGGUGGGCUCCCAGCCAGCAGAGUGUAGAGUGAGUCUUUAACCUGCUGGGCUAGUGCAUGGGCGCUAUCUUUGCCGGCCACCUCGUGGUGCACCUGACUGCCGUCUCCAUCGAUCCAGCAGAUGCUAACGUCCGGGACAAGAGCUAUGUGGGCCCCCUGCCCAUCUUUAACCGCAGCCAACAUGCACACGUCAUUGAGGACUUGCACUGCAACUUGUGCGACGUGGAUGUGAGUGCCCGCUCCAAGCACUGCAGCGCCUGCAACAAGUGCGUGUGCGGCUUCGAUCACCACUGCAAGUGGCUCAACAACUGUGUGGGCGAGAGGAACUACCGGCUUUUUCUACAGAGUGUAGCAUCUGCUUUACUGGGUGUCCUGCUCCUGGUGCUGGUGGCCACUUAUGUCUUUGUGGAGUUCUUUGUCAACCCUAUGCGGCUGCGCACCAACCGACACUUUGAAGUCCUGAAGAAUCACACAGAUGUGUGGUUCGUGUUCCUGCCUGCUGCCCCUGUGGAGACCCAGGCUCCUGCCAUCUUGGCCCUGGCUGCUCUUCUCAUCCUUCUGGGCCUGCUGUCCACAGCCCUGCUUGGCCACCUGCUCUGCUUCCACAUUUAUCUCAUUUGGCACAAGCUCACCACCUAUGAGUACAUCGUGCGGCACCGCCCACCACAGGAGGCAAAGGGGGCCCACAGAGAGCUCGAGUCAUGUCCCCCCAAGAUGCGGCCCAUUCAGGAGACAGAGUUCUACAUGCGGACCUUCAGCCACGUGCAUGCACCACCCCCAGGCUGGGCCAGGCCAGCAUCAGUGAAUGCCAAUCCCUCCAGGCUUCUUGCUACCAGCGGCCAAGUGGAGCGUCCACCGUCCUCCUCCCCAGACACCGUCGCUCUGCCUCCCGCGAUACGACCCCAGAAAAAGAGUACGUGUCGCGUGUAUAAGAUUCCGAAGGCUGAGAUUCUGCGGGGUGAGCACCCCUUCCUAUCCGGGUCUUGCUCAGGGAACUCCGAGGGAGGGAAGAGCAGAUCCCGGAGUCGCAGCCCUUGGUCUCACGUUGCCCUCCUGUGCGCAGAGCUCGGGACCCCAGUCUGCAGCUCCAGCUCGUCGUCUACUGAUUCCGAGGGUGCCAGCCCAGUGCACGCCGCUGGCCCCGCAGGCGCUUACCAUUCGGCGUCAGCCGAGUCCAUGGACGUGAUUCCUGUGGCGCAGACGCGCCUGGGCAGCGCGGCUCUGGCUGCCCCAGGGGGCAGGGGCCGGGAGGCCGGGCUGGCGCUGCAGUCGCGUGCGCCCGCCGUUUUCGUGAGCCGGAGCAGCGGCGAGCCCGGAGCGCGGGGCGGCCGGGAGGCCCGCCUGGCUUAGCUGGGCCAAGGAACAGAAGGGCCGAGGAGGAGCGGCCGGCCCGACUCUCUAUGCAACAUCCCACCCUUGCCGCACCGAGUGCACUUUAGGGGCCCCUACGGCCGGCGGGAUCGGCCUCCUUCCCCCACGACUAAGCAAUACCCGCCCACCUGGCCAUGAUGCUCCAAUAAACUUUUUUAUGCUUUUGCGGA